AUGUCUGAGAGGAGGCUUCCGGACCAUUCUGUGUGUGCUUCCUCCGGUGUCUGCAUCAAGUCCUGCCUGGCCCUGACCACGACGCCCCUGGCUGGUCUCCACGUCCCCGGGGACCUUCUCUCUGCCCACGUCCGUGCUCUGGAGGUGUGGGAAGCCGUGCAGAGCAGGAGGACAAGCUGGUCUGAGGGCUACAAGCAGAGGGCGAGAGAGGGCCUCGGGCUCCCCCCGAGCCCCGCAGCUGGGUCUGAAGCCCUGUCCUUUUCCCCAGGCCCCCCAGCGGCAGCCCCCCAGGGGGACCUGUUGUUCCUGUUGGACAGCUCAGCCAGUGUGUCACACUACGAGUUUUCCAGGGUCCGGGAGUUUGUGGGGCAGCUGGUGGCGCCACUGCCCGUGGGCCCCGGGGCCCUGCGUGCCAGCCUGGUGCACGUGAGCAGUCGGCCGCACACCGAGUUCCCCUUCAACCAGCACGGCUCGGGCCAGGCUGUCCAGGAUGCCGUUCGAGCUGCGGCCCAGCGUAUGGGCGACACCAACACAGGCCUGGCGCUGGCCUACGUCAAGGAGCAGCUGUUUGCCGAGGCCGCGGGUGCGCGGCCAGGGGUGCCCAAGGUCCUGGUGUGGGUGACAGAUGGGGGCUCCAGCGAUCCCGUGGGCCCCCCUAUGCAAGAGCUCAAGGACUUAGGUGUCACAGUCUUCAUUGUCAGCACUGGCAGAGGCAACUUGUUGGAGCUGUCGGCAGCAGCCUCCACCCCUGCGGAGAAACACCUGCGCUUUGUGGAUGUGGACGACCUAAGCAUCAUCACCGCGGAGCUGCAGGCCUCCAUCCUGGGCGCAGUGCAGCCGCAGCGGCUCCACGCCGCCGAGGUCACCCCCCACGGCUUCCGCCUGGCCUGGCCGCCCCUGCUGACCGCAGACUCCGGCUUCUACGUGCUGGAGCUGGCGCCCAGCGCGGAGCCCGAAGCCGCGCGCCGCCAGCGGGUGCCCGGGGACGCCACGGGCUGGAGCUGGUCCGGCCUGCGCCCGGACACGGACUACGACGUGGUGCUGCUGCCCGAGUCCAACUUGCGCCUGCUGGGGCCGCAGCACGUGCGCGUGCGCACUCUGCCAGCGCCCAGCCCCGCGUUUCCCUGGGGCGGCACCUUCGAGAGGUUACAUCCGCUUCGGAAGCCUGCUGGACAGCAGACCCAGACCUGGGACGGCCCCGAGGGGACACUGGGCCCGUGGGCGGUGAGGGCCAACCGGGGUGCAGGCCGCGGCCUCGGCGCCUUCCGCGGGUUGGAGCUCGAGGCUCAGCCCGCGCCCUCCGCCUCCCUCCCCGCACCCGGAGGAGGUCUACUCGCGGUCCCGCCGCCAGCUGCGGCUCUCUCCUCUUUUCGCCGCUUCCGUGCCGCGUCCGCGGGCCGCCGCCGCCGCCGCCGGGGCGGGAGCUCCGAGGCGUCCGUAGUAACCACGGAGGCACCGGGUCUCGCGCACGCCCCUUGCAUCAAUGUUGUCCCGUAUCGGACCCCAUAG